CGAUUUCGUUGCACAUCACUAUUGCUAUAUUGCGGUUUGCCAUUUGCCGCACACGUGCUGAGGUUUUGUGAUAUUUUUACUCAUUUAUUUUACAUUGCAGUAUAAUCUACAGGGACAGAAGAGAUCCUCCGUGUGUUAAGAAAUUCUUCAAAUACAUAUAAACAUCAUUAAAUUUUAGGCGUAUUGAUAUAGUUUGAUGGCCAUGGUGACCGAAGUUAAAGCAAAUGGGGGCGAGAUGGAGACACCGAAUGAGCAGAUCCCCGCUCUGGCAGAGAAACCAGCGGGGCUCCCGCCGGGCAAGUACACUCUCGUUGGAUGGGACAUGGACACAACUGGCAGAAGGCUUAUUGAUGAGAUAUGCCAAAUAGCCGCGUAUACUCCUAAGCAGUCGUACUCUCAGUACAUAAUGCCGUACGGCGACUUGAACCCGGGCGCGCGGCGGCGGCACAACGUGCGCGUGGUCACCGUCGGCCGCUACCGGAUGCUCAAAGACACCACCACUCAUAAGAUCCUGAAGACAAAGUCCGAGAUAUCCGCUCUGACCGACUUCCUGGACUGGCUGGAGAAGGAGAAGGGAGACGGCAGCGUCAUCCUCAUCUACCACGAGCCCCGCCGCCUCAGCCCCACCAUGCUGUUGGAGGCUCUCACCAGGUACAAGCUUCUGGACCGCUUCAAAUCUAUAGUAGCCGGCUUCACGGACAGCUACGCAUUGGCCGCAGACAAAUGCAAGUCCACAGUGAAGUCUGUCUCGCUGCGAGUGUUAGCCCGGGUAUUGUUGGAUGCUGACACACUCUCCGUGGACUCUGCCCUGGACCGAGCCAAUGCUGCUUACAGGAUUGUAGAACAUUUGGCUCAAGGGGAACAGCAAGAAGUAGGCGCUGGCGGAGAAGGCGGUGACAUGUUGGAGACCGCCCGCACGUGGGCGCGGCCCGUCGCCACGGAGCUGGAGGCGCUGGCCAGCCUCAAGACGCUGCUGGAGAGACAGAACACGUUCCGCCCGGUGUUCGCGCCGCUGCUGAGGUCGGCCCGGCCGGAGAGGAAGCGGGUCACGCAACUGAGGAGACUGUUGGCUGAUGCCGGCCUCUUGUAUUCACAGAUGCAGUCCGCUUGGGAGAGUCAGAAGGUCGAAGGUCUAGAAAAGCAACUAAAAGCGUUGGCAGUUUCGGCGAAGGAUGAAGAUAUCCAGGAGUUAAUAGAGAUUUUCGACUCCCACUUCGACCCCGCCAAGGAGCCCAAAGGCCCCAAACCGAAAGCGCCCAGAAUUAGGAACAGGGCGACGUCGUCAGCGGGCGAGACGGCCGACGCAGAUGGCAGCACCAGUGAGUCGCAGAACUCCUCACCACAACACUCACCCAACAAAACUAAUAAUGAUGUGGCGGGCGAUUCUAGUCAACAAGUAAAGGCUGAACCAGAGGCGGUGGCCGCUAACUAACGACCAGCCGCUUCUAUCCAUACUAAAGCUUAGACUUUUCUACAUAUUACUAUCGUUUAGCAUUACAGAGCCAUCGGGACGUGACAAAAACAUUUAUCGUAUUAAUACUAGGUUAAGUCUCCUUUGGAAUUGAAACAAAAAUUUGUUUUGCAUGCAUCGGUGAACGCGUUAACAUAAUAAUUUUUUUUCAUUCUUGAAUACCCAGAUUUCUCUUUUUAUUUUUUGCUUAUUGCAUAAAGUUCUUCUAUAUACAUAGUUGAUAAUGUAGUGAGUGCCUUAGCAACUCAGUGUAAUAAGAUAUAACGUUUUUGUAUAUCCAUAAUAAUAUUUUUGUGUCUACGUAGUGAACAACGUUUUUGUUGUUAUUGCAAUAUCGUAUACAUAAUAAUGUAUUAUUGGGCCGAUUUUACACGGACAAGAUUUAAAUUUGCAAUUAUGUUGUUGCAGUAAUGUUAGGAACUUUGUGAGAGAACAAAGUUUUUUUACUAUUUAAUAUCACAGUUUACGGCUUAAAGAAAGUUACAAUAUUUAUUGUUUUAGUUACAUAUGGGGCUUGAAUGAGGUUUAAAAAGUACAAUUGGUUUAUUUAUUUACCUUUUUAUUUAUACAAAUGUGUGCAAUCACAUGGAAUGGAUGGACUGAUUUUUUUAACAUCCGUGAUAUCUAAAUACUUAUUUAUUUCUUUCUUUUUGCGUUGUAAGUUUAUAGGCUGUUUCUGAGCUCGCGCUUUGCCAAGUUUGCCAUAGUAUGGAUCCGUACAUUCAAGUUAUCAUUUACCAUACAAUAAGCUAUGUAAUAGAAACGAGUGUGUACCUAUUAACUUACCUCUAAUUUAGUUAGUUUUAACAUAGACUGUACAUAUAAUUUAAUUUCUUAUUUUGUUCAGAUCUCUAAUAAAUAUGUAAGUCUACAUAAAAA